AUCCCGUCGUCACAUGAUCGAACGAGUUGGGUAGUGAAAAAAUGUCAACAAAAACGUGUGGUGUUUUGAUCAAAAUUGUAUUUACGUUGUUUAUUUUUUCUGAUGUCCACUGUAAAAUUUUAAAUCCAGUUAUUUUAGUUCCUGGUGAUGGAGGAACCCAGUUUGAAGCCAAGCUUAAUAAGACGGUUACUCCCCAUUCCCUGUGUGUCAAGAAGACCGCUGACUACUUCAGCCUGUGGUUAAACUUGGAGGAGUUGGCCCCUGUUGUCAUUGACUGCUUCACAGACAAUAUGAAGUUAGUGUACAACAGGACUACCCACACGACCAGUAACACCCCGGGGGUAGACAUCAGAAUCAGCAACUUCGGGGGAACAUCCACUGUAGAGUGGCUGGACCCGUCCCAGCUGUCUGUUACCUCUUACUUUGCCCCCAUUGUGAAUGCCAUGGUAUCCUGGGGGUACAAGAGGGGUGUGUCCGUCCGAGGGGUCCCCUUCGACUUCAGGAAAGCACCAAAUGAGUUUAAAGAGCUAUACCAAAAAAUGAAGGCAUUGGUUGAGGAGACAUAUCGCAUUAACAACAACACGCGGGUUAUCUUACUGGCCCACAGUAUGGGGAACCCGACCUCUCUCUACUUCUACAACCAGAUGUCCCAGGCCUGGAAGGACAAGUACCUAGAGGCCCACAUCAGUCUGGCCGGGGUCUGGGUGGGGGCCAUCAAGCCACUCCGCCUCUUUGCUUCCGGUGAUAGUCUUGGAGUUGUAUUUGUAAAACCAAUCAAGGUUCGGGAGGAGCAGCGGAGCAUGCCCAGUUCCGCCUGGUUGAUGCCGUCUGACAAGGCGUGGGGUCCGGACGAGAUUCUGGUCAUGCAGCCAGAGAGGAACUACACGGUCAACGACUACAAGCAGUUCUUCCAGGAUAUUAACUACAUGGAUGGCUGGUACAUGAGGCAAGACACAGUCAAUCUAAUCCGUGACCUCACGCCCCCAGGGAUCAAAGUUCACUGCCUCCAUGGCAUCAACGUCAAGACUCCAGGUGUCUUAAUGUAUGAUAAAUCAAGUUGGUUCGACUCUCAGCCAAAAAUCAUCCCAGACAAUGGAGACGGUACGGUGAAUGUUCGUAGUCUACGGGCCUGUCUCAACUGGCAGAAGCAGCAGAAACAACCCAUCUACCACAAGGAAUUCCCCGGGGUGGAUCACAUGACCUUGCUGAAAGAUGCAGGGGUUAUACAAUACCUAAAACAAGUAUUAGUGGGCAGUUGAUGAUUGUUAACAAGAGUUAUUUUUUGCAUCUACAAAUCUGCCCUUGAUCUUAAAAUUGUUCAAAAAAAAUUCAUUAAUCUUUUAUUAGAUAUUUCUGAAACUUGGACAAUAGGUAAAUUAAACCUUAUAAUUUUUUUCUGAAGGAUGGGGGAGGGGGAGUGAAUUUGAAUAUAUUAUAGGCAAUUUUAAAGCAGAAUUUUAAAUGAGACUACUGUCUAAAGCAUGCACUUGUGCCAAAAUGUUUUAAUUGGAUAUAUGUAUGUUAUGUAUAAACAGGUACAUGUAUAUUUGAGGUACUUGUAGUCUAAAUAUAUACCUCAGUAAAAUGUCAUGCCUCACCUUUAGAGAGAUGAUGAAAUAUGGUACAUGUAUUAGAAAAUUUCCUUACUGUUCUGGUCAUAAUAAAAUCCAUAAUCAAACUUACAAAACUAAAAGUUAACCUAUUGUUGUCACUGAAAAGGUCAUGAAUUUCUUAGAUUAGAGAUCUGUUAUAAUGUUUACUAUGUAUAACUGGUAUUGAUGGAGAGAUUUCUUUACAUGAAGAAUACCAUUAUUUUGAAUGUAUAUACAUAUGUAUUUUCUCUUCUUUACCUAUUCAUCAAUUCUGAUAAACAAGUUGUACAUGUAUGAGGUGUUAUGAUUAGAUUUAUUGAAGUCCAUAUGAAUAGUAUUCAGUGGGAUUGAAGGUCUGAUUAGUCCUCUACUGGUGCAGGUACAAUUAAUUUUACCAUAGUAUCACAUCUUUCUGUGAAUGGUUGUAGAUAUAUAGGAAAUAAAAAGUAUUCUUAGGGAUAUUAAUAAUACUCUCCACUAUUACUCCAAAUUGCAAUUUAUAUGUACAAAUAUCAGUGAAAACCGGUUUUUAUUGAGAGGUAGCAUUGUGCUUUAUUCUUAGACAUGAUGCAAUUCUUAAAAUAUUUACAGACUAAAGGCUCUUCAAGCCCCAGAAUCAGCAAGCGAUACGAGACUUGUCAGAAUUCGUACACUAUUGUAAAGAACUUUCUCAUUUAUGUUACUGGUAAUUACAAAUGUCAUGUGUCAUUUAUAGUAAAUAAGAAAUUUAUAAGUGUGUUGAAAUCCUGACCCAAGUGUAUGCUCUUGAUUCUGGGACUCGUUAUGUUGUGAUAGUAGAGAGUCACAUUCCAGUCACAGAUUGGCGUCACACAGGGAUGGGUUUUUUCACCCUACAAUUUUUAUUCUGACUCACUUUUUGAUUGUUUAUGUCACAAUUGAUUCCUGUGUACUUGUGUUUGAGCUUUCAAAUGUAUUUAUUAUUGUAUUAACCCAAGAUUAUACUUGUUCUGUACAUGAAAUUUUUGCUUGCUCAAUUUUUCUUUGAGCGUUAUUUUCUCUUGGUGCAUAUUGUCUACAUCUGUACAUGUCUAAAUGCUGGUGCAUAUCUCUACUCUCUCAAUAGAUAGAUAUGGGACAUAUUCAUUUAUAUCACUAUCUUCAUAAAAACUUUGGUACAAACCCCAAAAAUAGUAAUAGAUUUGUUUUGGUAUAUUUUAAAGAAUCAAUGUGCCUUUCUGUAUCAGAAGUGUUGCUCUUGGUUGUCACUGAAAUAUUUCCCCUGAAAAAAUUGUGUCAUACAACUUUGUCAUGUGACAAUGCUUACAAAAAGUGAUAUACUGUAGACAGUUGCUGAUUUUAGAGCAUUCUUUAUUUCUCAUAUUGAACUCUGAAAUCCAUGUCUUGUGCAUUUUAUGUUCAUUAAACAACAUGAUAUUAAAA